AUGACCGAGAAUACGAAUGUUGCGGGGUCUGAGAGACCACGCAAGUCACUGAUUCUCAAUGCCUUCGUGGAAAUGUGCAGCGGACACCAGUCACCAGGUCUCUGGCGCCACCCCGAGGAUGAGUCUCGCCGUUUUAACGACAUUGAACAUUGGGUGGAACUGGCACAGCUUCUGGAGUCAGCCAAAUUCCAUGGCAUCUUCAUCGCGGAUGUGCUAGGCGGCUACGAUGUUUACAAGGGACCGCGCAAUCUCGAUCCUGCAAUUAUCUCGGGCGCGCAAUGGCCAGUCAAUGAGCCCCUGGCUGUCGUCCCAGCGAUGGCGGCAGCAACCAAGAAUAUCGGUUUCGGAGUGACGGUGACAACAACUUAUGAGCCGCCAUAUCAUCUUGCGAGACGGCUCUCGACCGUGGACCACCUUACCAAAGGGCGCCUCGGGUGGAAUGUUGUGACGGGAUAUCUUGACUCUGCUGCGCGAAACCUGGGCCAAUCUGAACAGCCACAUCACGAUGACAGAUACGCCCUGGCAGAGGAAUACGUCAAAGUCACAUACAAGCUCUGGGAGUCUUCCUGGCGUCAAGAUGCCGUGGUUCUCGAUCGCGAGCGUGGCAUCUAUGCUGAUCCAGCACGCGUGCGACAGAUCAACCAUGUUGGAAAGUAUUACAAUGUGCCAGGUCCUCAUAUCUGCGAACCCAGUCCUCAACGUACUCCGGUCAUCUUGCAGGCUGGCACAUCCAAAGCUGGAAAGACUUUUGCAGCUCAACAUGCCGAAGCCAUUUUUGUGGCCGGUCAUAGUCCGUCCGUGGUGGCCAAGAAUGUUGCUGAGAUUCGCCAGCUUGCGAAGACGGAGUUUGGUCGAGACCCGCAGAGUAUCAAGUUCUUGGCCCUGCUUUGCCCUGUUCUUGGUCGCACGGAGGAGGAAGCUGCCGAGAAGUUCAAGUAUUACCGCAGCCUGGGCUCGAUCGAUGGUGCUCUUGCUCUGUUCGGAGGGUGGACUGGUAUUGAUUUAGACAAGUAUGGCGAUGAUGAAGAGCUGCGUCAUGUCGAGAGCAAUGCUAUCAGGUCUGCCGUGGAGGGCUGGUCCAAGGCUACCCCCGAAGUCGCCAAAUGGACAAAGACAACAGUCGGUCAGCACAUCACCGUCGGAGGCCUGGGUGCUACUCCCGUUGGCACGGCAGCACAGGUUGCUGACAGCAUGGAACGUUGGGUGCAAGAGGCGGACGUCGAUGGGUUCAACCUGGCGUAUGCCAUUAAGCCAGGGUCUUUCAAGGAUAUCAUUGAACUGCUCAUCCCUGAACUGCGCCGGCGAGGACUCUUCUGGGACGAUUACGCGGUGCCGAAGGGAACUUAUCGUGAGAACUUAUACUCAGCGCCUGGCCAGACAGGUCCAAAGGCUGACCAUCCGGCAUUCAAAUAUCGGUGGAACGCGGGAGUCGCUGCUGAGGACCAUCCAGUCCCAGAGAACUGA